AUGUUGAUAAACUUAUACAACUUCUUUACUUCAGAUAUAACACCAACUCUGAUUGUGCAGCCACAUACGUCUGUGUUCAUUGGAGACACAGUUACUCUGACCUGUGAGGUUUAUCAGUCCACUGAAUGGGAGUUUAUCUUCAGAAACCCUUCAAACACUGAAUCCACUAAAACUACAGGAACUAAAACAAUCAGAUCUGUGAGAGUCUCUGAUGGAGGAGAUUACAGGUGCAGAGCCAGAAGAAGAGAAAACCCUCAGGUUUACACACAAUACAGUGAACCAAUAACAGUGACAGUACAGAAUAUAACACCAACUCUGACUGUGCAGCCACAGACGUCUGUGUUUAUUGGAGACACAGUUACUCUGAUCUGUGAGGUUCAUCAGUCCACUGGAUGGGAGUUUAUCUUCAUAAACCCUUCAAACACUGAAUCCACUGAAACUACAGAAACUAAAACAAUCACAUCUGUGCGAGUCUCUGAUGGAGGAGAGUACAAGUGCAGAGCUGGAAGAGGAAACCCUCAGGUUUACACAAAAUACAGUAAUCCAAUAACAGUAAUAGUAAAUAGGAGUCUUAAACCUGUAGUGAGUGUUGAUCCUGACAAACAGCUGUUCAGAGGAGAAACUGUUACUCUGAGAUGUGACAUACAGGAUACAGGAGACACUGAGUGGACAUACAGCUGGACUGUAGAGAAGACAAAUAACAGAAAUAUAAUCACACAAUGCAACACACAAGAGUGUAAAAUCAACAACAUUCAACAGACUGACAGUGGUAAAUACACCUGUAGAGGAAAGAUACGUGAACAAAACACUGAGAUGAGUGAUGCUGUUACACUGACUGUAUCAUCAGAUAAACCACAGACAGUUUUAAGUGUUUCUCCACAGCAGUGGUUGACUGAAGGAGAUUCAGUGACUCUGAUGUGUGAGGUUAGAAGUUCAUCUACAGGCUGGACAUUCAGCUGGUUCACUGUACAGAGUCAUUACUCAGAUGUUGAUCAUGAGCUGGUGUCAAACAGCAGUGGAGGAUCUAAAGGCAUCUACACAGUGAGUUCAGUGACUGUGAAGCACACAGGAGUUUAUAUGUGCAGAGCAGAGAGAGGAGAUGCAGUCUAUCACACAGAGUACAGUAACACACAAACACUGUGGAUCACUGGUGUUUCUCCUUCAGUCUCUCUGAUCAUCAGACCCAACAGAUCUCAACACUUCUCAUCUGAAUCUCUCUCUCUGAGCUGUGAGGAUCACAGUAACUCUACUGGAUGGACAGUGAGAAGAUACACAGACAAACUGAACCCUUGUUCAUCAUCAGACUGGAGAUCUACAGGAACAACAUCUACAUGUACAAUCAGAUCUCUCUUCACAUCUGAUACUGGAGUGUACUGGUGUCAGUCUGAAUCUGGAGAGAAACUUCAUCCUGUUAAUAUCUCAGUACACUAUGUUGAUGUGAUUCUGGACAGUCCUGUUCAUCCUGUGACUGAAGGAGAUCCUCUGACUCUACGCUGUUUAUAUCGAGAUAAAAACCCCUCUAACCUGAGAGCUGAAUUUUAUAAAGAUGGAUCAGUGGUGCAGAAUCAGACUACAGGAGACAUGAUGAUCAUCCCUACAGUCUCAAAGUCACAUGAGGGUUUCUACUACUGUAAACACCCAGAGAGAGGAGAGUCUCCAAAGAGCUGGAUCUCAGUCAAAGCCAGAGGUGACACUGUCCUCUCCUCAGUUUCUGGGUCGAUGAGAAAUCGUGGACUGAUAGCUGGAGUCGUUGUUGGAGUGAGCGUCAUGUUUUUGAGCAUUUUCUUGGUGCUGUGGUCCAACAGAAAGAAGAAAGGUUCAUCUUAUGCCCUUAAAGAGAAUACAAGUGAAGGUGACGACAUCAUGUACUCCAAACUGAAGAAGGGAGAAGAUCAAGAUGUGGCUUCUGUAUCUACUGAUGUGACUAAUGCUCAGAAAAAAUAAAAGACCAGAGGAGAAAAAUAAGAGAGAUGUGUCCAUAAAACAACCUGUGAUUAUUAUAACACUUAAGAUUUGAUUAUUAGGCAUAUCUGAAGCAUUUACAAAUAUUUUAAUGUUCUACUUUAAAGGAAAGAAAUUCAGUACCAGUAAGAGUUUGGUGAUAGAGAAGAAGUGAGAUCAUCAAAGUUUCAAUACUUAGAUGGCAAGAAAUGUACUAAUACUUUUUAAUACUUAAUGAAAUUUUAUUGUAUAUAAAGUUUAAACUUUACUAGUUUUGCAGCGGAAACCAUUGCUGCGCUGCAGUCUGUUCUUCAACUGAGAGUCAGAGAAAGACAAAGACAGAUGUAUACUAUUCAUCAUGUAUACUGAACAUUUUAGAUAUGUUUAAUGUUAUGGUUGUUACUGACAAUGACAUUUGUUUUCUCCCUCAAAUGCAGCAACAUUUGUCUGCAAAUUGUACUAAUUAAUUUGUUUCUUUAUUACUUCACAUUUAUGCAUUUGGCAGAUGCAUUUAUCCAAAGCAACUUACAGUGCAUUCAGUCUAUACUUUUCUAUCAUUAUGUAUAUGAUCGAACCCAUGACCUUUGUGUUGUUAAUGCAACGAUUCACCAUGUGAGUUACAGGAUCACUGUUAAUGUAUUGAAGUUACAAUAUGUUAUCAAGUGAUAAAUGAAAUACAUUUAUAUUUAUAAUUUUUAUGGAUUAAACCCCUGAGAUGAAAUGUCUUGUUUUCAAGGGGGCCCCCUAUACAUAAAACACAAAAAUAAAUAUCAAUUAACCAGUUUUUAAAUGUUCAGUAAUAACAUGUGCAUUUCAAUAAAAAAAU